GGCGCCAAAAGCCCGUGGAGAUAGUGACGUGACGCACUCAACCCGGAAGUGACUUGUCAGACGGCGGCUGUGGACCGCGUGUUUUUGGUGACUUAAGCCACUUUUAUAAGUUUAAUUUGAGCAUUUAUUCUCAUGAGCGGCGAUGAAGUCUGUGUUUGUUACCGUGGGAACUACCAGCUUUGACGAGCUUAUCGAGAAAAUAACGUCCGUCCAUGCUGUUAAGGCUCUAAAAGACCGCGGAUAUGAGCGGUUAGUCCUUCAGGUUGGACGAGGAUCCUUUCUCCCAGACGCCCACACCUGUCCACACAUCUACCUGGAGGUGUUUCCCUUUAAAGACUCCAUAGCAGAGGACAUGGAGCAGGCUGACCUGGUCAUCAGCCACGCAGGGGCGGGAAGCUGCUUGGAGGCCCUGGGUGCUGGCAAAGCCUUGCUGGUGGUGGUCAAUGACAAGCUGAUGGACAACCACCAGCUGGAACUGGCCAGACAGCUGCACCUGGACUCCCACUUGCUCUACUGCACCUGCAGCACUCUGACGGAAACACUCCGGACCAUGGAUCUGUCCGUCCUUCAGCCUUUUGUGCCCGGUCAGCCAAAGAAGUUUGCGGACUUUAUGAAAAGAGCUCUAGGUCUCCAGUAAAGCUUCAUGUUGAUGAUAACGUCGAUCGCGAGCUUCCAGUCCAUGGCGGAGGGUGUGUCAGUCCAUCCAUUAAAAAAAUAGACCUAAAAAUGAGCGAUCAUCAAUCUCCACCAAGACGUGACUUUGGUCACUUGAUUGACAUUCACGGCACCCGAGGGUCUUGUGAGAUGACGCUGGCUGCUGCCAGAUCAUUAAGAAAAAAUGACCGACAAGAAGGCGAGAAACACUUUUUAUUUGAACAGACUCUCGCGCCGCCUUAGGACCGACUGACCCAUGUU